CUUGAUUCGCGGGUUUAACCAAGCUUACCACGGUACCGGUAAUAACAGUGGUAAGUUUACUGCGCGUGGGUUUCUAAUGGACCUGCAGCCCCUUUCCUGUGCCCUUUUCUUUUUCUUCACCAGUUACAUCCAUCUCACCAACACUUGAUUGUUGAUAUCAACUUCAACAUUCCCAUCUCAUGACUCUUUUGUUAUUAUCCCAUCUAUACCCUCCGUCCACCCUUAUUGGACAGAGUAUCAUGCUAAAACACAAUUGCACGCGACAGCAGAAAAUCAGUAUAAAGCACGUGCAACUGCCCGGGGGGUUCUACUCGAGUAUUAUCCUCUGGUGGUUGAAUCUUGAUCCUCUCGGUAGACCCUGUUAACGCGACUUUUUAAAUCCCCACCACCCGAAAGGGGUGCAACGAAAACGAGGGAGAUUUCCUAUUAUUUGUCUGUGCGAUACAAGGGACUCCCGGACCUGGUGCUUUCUGAAUCCUUUGCUGCACUGUUAGCAUUUCCCGCCACCAAUAGCCAGCCUUGACUUGCUAGCCUACCAUUUGGAUUGCUGGGCGCAGGCAGCUAAAUACGUUUCUAGAACCCUACUUCUUUAGGCUUAAGUACAGGAUUGUUCCGCAACCCAGACCGGGGCCCGAUUGCCCUACUUACUCCCUAUCUCGUCCCAUUUUUUUUUCUCCCCUUCAGAUUCUGCACUGCACCUUGGACAACCAUAACAACCGCAAUAACCACGAAAAAAGGACCUGCACGUUGUUUUGAACUCGACUGCUCUUCAGCAGCUGCAGGUCUCCAUGAAGCCAAUUGGGGGAAUUGUGACAAAUAAAAAGUCCAUUCCCGAUAACUUUCGGCAGGUCGAAACCUUUACAACAGAAUAUCUGAGCAAGUUAUGGAAGAGUGCGUCACAUUCAUUUCUCUUUUUUCUUUUAUUCCGACCCCUCACUUUCAAUUCUUGACUUAAUUCAAUAUUACUUACAACCAAUAUAUCAGCUACCGAGAUAUAUAGUUUGGGAAAGAAAAGAAAAAAGCACCCUGCUGACCGCUUCGCAAUAUAGUUUAUACAGUAAAUCGCGAUGUGCUUGACAAGGGUCGCCGUCUUGAGAACCUAUUUUGGAGGAUAUGGGGUAGCGAACGCAUACAAAGGACCUUCUCCGGGAAGACCGUAUCAAAAAUAUUCCUCAUGAUAAUUGAGGGUGAGAGGCCAUUUGAGAAAACGGGAUUCCGGAUACCACCGUUGCCAAUACCAACCCCGCCCCAACCACCUGACCCGGAAUCCACACCAAGGCCGUCUUUAGAAAUCGAAUGCCCUCCAACACCUCCCCCGAGCCCUAUACCUCCAGUAACUUCAGUGGUGGGCUUCCAGUUUGGGUCAUCUUAUCUCUCAAAAAUUCCUUUGGAAAUGGCAAUCACUACUUCACUUCAUCAGGCUUUCCCACCCCGACCACUAUCACCCCCGCCACCGCCGCAAACUAGCUCCUCAACGGCCGAGAGAUUAGCGGAUUCAGCACUGCUACGAAAUAAUUUCCCUGGCCCGUCAAGGUUUGCAACCCCUUCAAGUGCCGGGACGAUAGCUGGCGCUAGUGCGGUCGGCAGCAAACCCAGCAGUUUAGUAUCCAGUGAGAAUGAGUCCGUAUCUUCCAAUGAGGGCGGUCGUGGUAAGAACCCCACAGUCAAAGGGAGAAAGGCUAGGAUAGAGCGCCCGGUGAGAGGUCGCCGAAAAGUCGGAGUUUCCACUCGGGUGACGGUGACUCGGAAGUCGCGCCCUGCCGGUCCCCGACGGAAAUCAUCAUCGUCGUCGAAUACCGCUGUCAAUACUGCUUUUUCUAGCCCCUCACAGACCCUAGCUGGGGAUAUAGCAAGAUCCUUGCCAAACGAUAGUGUGCGUCAACAACACAAAGCUCUAUCGACCGAUGGUGGCGAGUCCGAAAGCGACGCCACUGGGAAGAAGGGGGAUACGGCCGACAGCGAUUGGAUUGUGGAUCCCGAUUUUCGAACAAAGUAUUUGGAGCGAAAACGGAAGGAAAAGUUGGUGGCAUUGACAUCUGUAGCCUCUGUAGUGCCGUUGGUGACAAAGGCUGUUCCAACCAUCGCCGUGGCGGAAAGCCAGGCGACAGCUUCAACAAAGGUAUCUCGUGGGAAAGGAAAGGGCGUUGUUUUAGUGGAUCAGGUUGUCCCAUUGAAGGGAUUGCCGGAGGAAGCUGAAGAUCUGCAAGCGACCAGAGUCCUAGUCGCGAAUGCCAGGGAUGAGGAUAUCGACGAACUACCCACGACUUUAGUGAGGAGGAAAUCGGAGCUCACCCUCAUGUUCGAAGCGGAAGCGAAGAAGUCUGGAGAGAAAACGGGGAAAGGAAGUCUCGGGAAGGAGAGGGCUAUAAUUGAGGGGGAAAUGACGCAGUAAUCGACGAAUCGGUUACUGCGUUCAGCCAGAGGGAGGUUGAGUGGUUGGAGGCACAUACGAUGGGAGAGUAAGAAUAAGGGCCAUGGGGAAGGCGUCAGGCUGGCGAGACGGUUUAGAAGAGGCGGGAGGAUGAAGGGGAGUAAGAAGUAUCAUACAGGGGCCGUCUUUUCUUGCAUCCGCAUUUGUCAAGGAGGGAGCUUGGUGGUGGACUUCUCCCUUGACCGUGGAUCCGGCGCCACGAUCGCUUUCUUCUUGUCUCUAGAUAUUGGAGAGCCUUGGGUGGGAGGGGGGAGGGGGGGUACGGAACAGUUUUGUGAGCUGUUAUACCUCUGACAGUGCCGGUGGAAGGUUGGGUUAUAAUCUCAUCGAUAGCGAUCGCAUCUGUGUUUUGUUUUUUGUCCUUUUUUUUCUCGUCUUUGAUGCAUUGUUCAGGGGAAAAGAUUCUUGCUUUCCUUUGUCCUGGGUAUUUGUUUGCUUGUCGAGUGCUAUUAUGCAUAUGUUGGGGACCGGAAGGGUUUUCAAUAUUUUUUCCCUUCCCCCCUCCAUCAGUCUUCGCAGUUUUGAGCAGAGUGAAUGCUCUUGCGCUGUGUAUUUGGGUUUUUUGUGUGUGCAUAUGCGUGGAGAGAAGGUUAUUGCUCGUGUUUUCAUAUUUUAUCGUGGGUUGCUCAUUUGGAUUAAUUAUUGGGAUCACUGAAUUCUUCGUAAACACCAGUCACAUUCUUCCCACAUGGAAUCCCCCCCCUCCGCUCACCUAGCCGAUCAUCUGCCAUGCAUCACUCAUCUCAUCCGCACAUCUGUUUUUCCUAUCUUACCUGCUCCUACCGCACCGCAUUCGCACCAUUUGCUCUCAAAAGGGUAGACAAGCCAGACCAAACGCAGUGUAAAGCAGGGAAGCUAAUAUCGGAAAGUGCCUUGCAUAUAUAUCUCACCUUUGCUCCUUCCUCUUCCCCUUCUUGCGGGCUAUGGCUGCAGAAAGUGGAAUCAAAAGUCAAGUGCUUGCUUGCUCAUGCUGUCGGGUGUUUCAUUCAAUUUGUAUCGAGCUAGCGAAACGGCCAAACAACGAUCUACUCGAAUUCUCACCAUACGGAUCGAUCACGCCCAGGCUUGCCCCCUCCUUCCCUCCUCUUAUGCCCGGAGGUCCGGGCCGGAGUGUGUUCGUUGCUGCUGUAGCGCAGCCGCUCGUUCGUCCAUUCGUUCGUCCACUCACUCACAUCUAUUAUGAUCGAUUGUGCGAGAAGAAGAGGCAAAACCUCAGUCGGGUAUUGCCGAUUCAUGCCCCCCAGCCCCCGGGUUAGCUCAUUCUUAAUAUUAUAUCCUCCCGCUACCAACUUUCCCACUUGCCGGAUAUAUGGCAUACCUUGGACGAAUACAGACGGGCAGACAGACGAUACAGU